AUUGCAUACGGAACUAAUACAUCGAUCGUUUCAAUUCUUUCAAGUACCGUAAUAGUUGCAAAAAAAAAAUAGAAUUUGAUCUCAUUUCUCUCGAGUUUACGGAGCAGACGCCAUAUCAAAAAAAAAAAAAAAAAAAAAAUCGUGAAUGGCGCGCGUUAAGUCGGGAGAGGAGGAAUCAGAACAAUUCUCUUGUCGUUUGACAAGCACGAGCGCCGAUUUAUGAGAAACUAUAUAUAUAUAAAUAAUACCUGUUUGUGUAUAUAUACAUAUAUGAUGUUAUGUGGGGGAGGCGAAAAAGUGUGAAAAAUUGUCAGUGACUGUUCGCCGGUCGAACUGUCAAGUUGUGUCUCUUUGUUUCGUCGCGUGUUUAAAAAAAAAAAAAUCUUACAUUACAUCUGUCAAAAGUGAAGUGUAUCUUUUUUAGUGUUUUCAUCACAGAAACCAAAGUCUUUACUGACAAAGGAUUAUAAAUUCUAUCAAAAUGAACAAUAAAAAGACUGUAGAACAUAUUGUGCUGACACCAAAAUGCAAAACAGCCAAUUCCACAACGUUAAUGAUUGAACGACACGAAUUAGAUCCUCCAUCAGAAAAUGGUGAUGAGAAAAAUGUUCACGUCGCUGGAGGAGAUCAUAAAGGAAUUGUCAUCAAUAAACAGGCCGCAAAUGUGAUGAAUGGAAUAGGAAAUCCCGCACAUCUUUGUCUUCAAUUUCGUGUGUUUCUUGUGAGUGGACAAACUGGAAAACACACUCAAGAAUCGAGAACAUUGCAAUUUUGGUUUGUAAAAACACUUCCUGAUCAGGAACAGCCGCACAUUGCACAAGAAUUUUUUCGAGAAUUAGUCAGUCCACAAGAAUUUCCAAGAGAUUACGUUGGCUUUAUAAAAAAGAUAAUGAAACUGAUGCAGCACAAAUAUCCAACUAUUCAAAAAUUAGAAGUCGAAUUAAAACAACUUGCAGAUCCAAUAGAUCUUCCAGCGCGACCACUUUCGUCAGACGAGGCGUCUCUUCAAGUAAUUGAACUCACGGUGGAAAAGGUCCUUGAGUUAAUCGAAUCCGCUUAUCCAAAUCCAGUAACCGUUGUCGAUUUAGCCAAGGAUCAUGGUUGGGAGACAUCGGCAGUGGAAGCAAAACUAAACGAGUUACAAGAAAAAGGAGUCGUAAAAGCAAUGGAACAUGGAGCUUUUACGAGAGUUGUUCACCAAGACACUCAAGUCAAAGUGGUCAAACAAAUGCCAACAAUGGCGAGUUCGAAGCAACCGACAAUUGCAAUAAUUACGGCACAAUAUUGCGAAAAAUUGGCAGUUGAUUCGAUGAUUGAAAAUAAAGAGACAUUUGUUCGUUACACGACAGUUGGUUCGAUGAAUUCUCCCGAUGCCCCUGAGGGAACACCACGAGUAACAUGCCGUUUUGGAGAAUCAAAUGUUUAUACUUUGGGAAAUAUUGGAGCGCAUAGAAUUGUUUGCACAAAACUUCCAACUGUUGGUCAUACCAGAGAGGCAAUGACUGCUGCCGGAAAUACAACAACUCGUUUAUUAGGAACAUUUCAAAAAGUGGACUUUGUUUUUCUUGUCGGAGUUGGCGGUGGAGUUCCUCAUUAUACAGAUUAUGUGAAACACGUGAGAUUAGGUGAUGUCGUAAUUUCUCAUCCGACUCCUCUCAAUAAGCAAUAUGUUUAUGUUUAUUGUGAGAGCGCAAAAAUGAACGAAAAUGGCAAUUAUCAUUUUGAAACUAAAGAAUAUUGUCCAUCGAAUUUGUGUCUUCAGGAAAUUGCCGCCAAUUUGAAAAAUCAAGCCGAGAACAAUUCAAAUCCUCCCUGGCAAACUUAUGUAGAGGAAGGAUUGAAAUCGCUGGGUAGUCAAACGGAACAUGACUUUAAGGCACCUCCACCGGAAACUGAUAAAUUAUACAUGGCAAUCGGUGACAAAGGCGUGAUCGAAGUGGCACAUCCCAGUGCUCCUCAAGAUUCUUCAAAUUUAAGAACGGAUGGCUGUGCUCGCAUUCAUUUAGCGCCUGUUGCCUCCGGUCGACAAAUUGCCCGGGACGAUCAGUUGCGACAAAAAUUUGCAUCACGCUUUGGAGCUCUUGCUUUUGACGCUGAAAUGGACGCAGUCGUUGAAAGUAUUUUGGGCAAUUGCCGCGAUAGUUUUGCUGUUGUUCGCGGUAUUUCUGAUUAUAAAGAUGGAUCGCGAUUCAAAGAAUGGCAACCGUACGCUUCACUUGCCGCAGCAAGUGUUGUUAAAUCAAUUAUCUGCGCCAUGGAUCCACCAGUAAACGCUUAGAUUUAUUAUCAAAUCUAAAUAAUAGGUGCACAAAAAAUCUCGUUUCAAAAUCAUUUUCAUACAAAAAAAAAAAAAAAAAAAAAGUCACGUGGGAAAAUAGGAAGCACUGAAUCAGGAAAAGAGAUUUUUCUUUAAAUUAUUUAAUAAGAAAAAAUAAGAAGAGAAAAGAGCUAAGAAAGUUUUAUCUAAUUCUUUCAGAAAUAACUUUUUCAAUUAUUUGCCUCAAGUUCUGAACGUUCAAAUGAACGAAAAAUUCAUUAACUACUUCAAAUUUUAUUAUAAAAUAUCUAUCUGUAUUUAAAAAUACAUUAAUUUUUUUAUUUUUCGUUUCCAUUGUUAUUUUUUUGAAAAAUUUAUAGACAAAAAAAAAUAUUUCGUUCAGAACUUUAGAUACAUGCAAUUUUAAUUUAUUUUUAGUAAAAUGAUUAGAUUCGAGAUUUUUAGCUAAAAUAGCUGAAAAAAAUAGGAUACAUUCGAUGUAUUGUAGAGUAAAUUAUUAUUAUUAUUAUUAAUCGCGAUGAUUGGAAAAAAGAUUUUGUCUGCAGAUUCUCUGCAGAAAAAAGGAGAAGUGCAUGUGCCAUUUUAAAUUAAAGCCAUUGUGUAAAUGUGCCGAACUGUUUAAGAAAAUUGGUUCAAGUUCUUUUAAUGAAACAAUUAAUUCGAGUUUUCAUUUAAUAUUACAAAAUUAUUAUUAUUUGAAACUCGAUUCGUUAGACUUUCGUAAAAAAAAAAAAAAAAUUAGCCCGGUGUAUCUAAAAGAAAAACAAGAAUAGGCUUUAGAGGAAAAUUUCUGAUACUCUGAUUAUAAGAAGGAAAAAAAGUGAUAAUAUAUAAAAAGUUGUAGGUUAACCAUUUAAGUUCCUGGGUUUUCAAAACUUUGGUGCAAAUACUUCUAUUUUUUUUUAAAUCGAAUUAUAAUUAUUUGUUUUAUUGAAAAUCUCAGGAAUUUAAAAGAAUCGCGAAAAAAUGUCGAAAAUCAAAAAUGUAAAAAGAAGACUUACAUUGAUAUUCCUUGAAUUUUGAUAAAAAUUAAUUCAACCACUUAUUAUAUUAUUGUUAUUAAUUUUGAAUUAAUGUAUAUUUUUUAUUUCUUUCUUAUUAUAUAAAUGAGAAGUAUUUAUUUUUAUCUAUAAAAUAAGAAAAAAAAAACAUUAAAAAUAAUUGAAGAAAAAUGCAAAAUAAAUUUAAAUUACUUGAAUAAUGUUUUUUACAAAAUCAAGAAAUGUCAUUUCUAGUCUUUAGAAGAAGAAAAAGAACAGAGACUUUGUUAAAAAAAAAAUUGCUUAUCAUAGAGUGCAAAAAAGAGUAUUAUUAAAAGUACAUGUAAUAUUGUAUUUUUCAUCAAAAUAAUUACGAAUUUUUUUUUUUUUUAUAAUUUUAUUGAUAAAUUAUUAAUAGAAAAAAUUCAUAAUUGUUGAUAAAAAUCGACAAUUUUUUUUUUUAAAUAAAAAACGAAAGCUAAAAUGUGCCAAUGUGUUCAUAAAAAAAGAAAAUAAGAAAUAACGAGCAGACUCAAAAAAAAAAAAAAAAAAAAAAUAGAACCAUUUUAUUUAAAAAUUAAAUGUUUUCUUAGCUUAUAAGAAUUUUCUCACAGUUUUCAUAAAUUCAAGCACACUCAAAAAGAAGUUACAAGUUUUUAUAGUCUAAAGCACAGGGUAGAAAAUAAAGACUAACUGAUAAUAAUUAUAAAUUUCUAAAUUCAGUGACUCGACGCAAGUAAUGAAAAAAUAAAUAUUGCUCUCUGGAAAUUUUUUUCCUUUCAAUUGAAUAUUUUAUUAUUAAUACACGAAAAAUAUUAAUUAACAAAUUAAUGAUCAAUUAAUAUAAUAUUAAAAAUAUUGUUUUUUAAUUUUUUUUAUUACAUUGAUUAAAUUAUUUUUUAAUAAUUUAAAUGUUAUAAUAAUUAUUAAUAAUAAUGACUAAAAUUAAUUUUAUUAAAUAUUUAUUAUUAAUAAUAAUAAUAAUAUUGAAGAAACGAUUUUUUUUCUCCAAUUUUUGACGCGUCGAGUCUUGAUUAAAUCAAAAUAGAAAUCUCACAAUAUCAAACUCAAAUUUGACAUAACACUUGUUGUUUAAGUGCACACGAGGAAAGUCUUUGAACUACAGCAAAGCGAUUAUAUUAUAGAUAGCAAAAAAAAAAAAAAAAAAAAAUAGAA